AUGUCAACUAUCACAAACACAAGACUCAGUAUACUUCGAUAUAUAUCAGCAUUUUUCAUACCAGAUAUAUCAUUACAUUCUCGUCAAAAAUGGUUUUUAGGAUUAAUAAAUUUAUCAGCAGUUGUUAUACUAUGGGUCACUUCAAGUUUUUUAGUCAAUGAAAUGGUAGAAGAUAAUUCAUAUAGAAAACCAUUUUUUAUAACUUGGAUAAAUACAAGUUGUUUUACAUUUUAUAUAAUACCUUAUUUAAGAUUGAAAAAAUUAAAUAUUUCAAGUUUUAUUACAAAUUUCAAAAAUGAUUAUGAAUAUAGUAAAUUACCUCAAAAAGAUGAAGAAGGAUUAAUUAGACAUUAUGGGUCUGAUGAUAAUUUAUCUUCAACAAUGACAUCAAUUGAAGAAAAUAAUACUAUUAUAACGAAUGAUGAAUCACAAAAUAAUUCCUUAGAUAUAAAUAUUUAUGAAACUUUCCAAUUAUCAAUACAAUUUAUAAUAUUGUGGUUUCUGGCAAAUUUAGUAACAAAUGCUUCAUUAUCAUAUACAUCAGUUGCAUCACAAACUAUAUUGUCUUCUACAUCUUCAUUUUUUACAUUAAUAAUUGGUUACUUGGUAUCAGUUGAAAAAAUUAAUCAAAAUAAAAUAAUGGGAAUUUUAUUAAGUUUUUCAGGUGUAUUAAUUGUUACAAAAGCUGACACAUCUGAUUCAAAUCCAAAUAAUGGAGGUAAACAUUUUUCACCAUUGCUAAUUCUAUGGGGAAAUUUGUUAGCAUUAUCUGGAGCAUUAAUAUAUGGAAUAUAUACAAUUUUAUUAAAAUUUAAAAUAUCAAUACCAAAUUCUAAGAAGGAAAAAAAUUUAAAUACUCAUUUAUUUUUUGGAUUUGUUGGUUUAAUAUGUUUAGUUGGUUUUUGGCCAAUUUUAUUAAUUUUACAUUUUACAAAUGUUGAAAAAUUUGAGUUACCUUCACAAAGAUUAAUGACAAUUUUUUUAAUAUUAAAUGCAGCUAUAACAUUUGUAAGUGAUUUUUGUUGGUGUAAUGCAGUAUUGUUAACUUCACCUUUAACUGUUACUGUUGGAUUAUCAAUGACUAUCCCAUUAGCAAUGAUUGGAGAUUGGGUUAUAAAAGGGUUUAAUUUGAAUUUGUUAUAUAUAUUUGGUGCAGUAAUUGUUACAACUGGAUUUUUAAUAAUUAAUAAAGAUGAAGAAGAAGAUUUUGUAGUAGAUGAAUAA